AUGUCUUGUUCUUCGUCGCCUCUCAUUGUCAUCCUCUUCCUUACCUCCAUCUCCUUCACCCUCGCACAAGACUACGAUGACGACUCGUCAUCUACCCCAGCAAUGCCUCCCGAAGAAGAGAAUUGUAAUGGCGCCUUCUUGACAUAUACAUUUAUUUCACGAACCAAAGAAUUCCCUCACCUCAAAAACGCAUCAGCACAAGCCUAUGCCUUCAAGGCAAUGGCGACUGUGACGAACACCAUGGAUCAUGAUCUCAAGCAAUGGAAGCUCUUUGUUGGUUUUCAAAAUAAUGAGAUUUUGGUGUCGACUGAUGGGGCGGUCGUGGCGGAUGGUACUGAUUUCCCCGUGAAUGUCGAAAAUGGCACAAACUUUGUGGGAUUUCCACAGUCGGAUCUACAAAAUUCAAUCGACACGGCGGGAGAUUUGACGAAGAUUAAGGUGGAAAUUAACAUGGUUGGAACACAAUUUGGAGUGAAGCCCCCUAGCGUGCCAAUGCCUAAAACCAUUAAAUUGGUUAAUGAUGGGAUCAAUUGUCCAACUCCAAAACAUAAAGGGAACCUAAUGUAUGUGUGUUGCAUCCAGGACCCAAAAUGGAAGAUAAAACGAAGCCAUAUCAAAUUCCUCCCUCGGCAACACGGUGACCUCACCAUCUCCUACGACAUCCUCCAGGCCUACCCAACCAAUUAUCUGGCUCAAGUCACCAUGGAGAAUCACCACCCUCUCAGCCGUCUCGACAACUGGAACUUAACCUGGGAAUGGAUGCGCGGUGAGUUCAUCUACUCCACCAGGGGUGCUUACACCCUCAUCAAAGACUCCACUGACUGCAUCUAUGGGCAAGCUUCUAACUACUAUCAAAAUAUCGACUUUUCCAAAGUUUUGAGUUGUCAGAAGCGCCCUAUCCUUAUUGAUCUCCCAGCUGAGCGUGAGAAAGACAACGAGCUUGGAAAUAUACCUUACUGUUGUAAAAAUGGAGCUCUACUUCCACCUACUAUGGACCCUUCACUCUCUAAGGCUGUGUUUCAACUCCAAGUGUAUAAGAUGCCCCCUGAUAUGAAUAGAACCGCGCUUUACCCGCCUCAUAAGUGGGAGAUAAGUGGUGUUCUUAACCCGCAUUAUGUAUGCGGUGCACCGAUUCGAGUUAGUCCCGCCGAGUUCCCUGACCCGUCUGGGCUCACGUCAGAAUCCAUCGCACUCGCCAGUUGGCAGGUGGUUUGCAACAUGACUAGGCCAAAAGCUAGAGCGGCCAAGUGCUGCGUCUCCUACUCUGCUUAUUAUAAUGACUCUGUGAUCCCUUGUAGCACGUGUGCCUGUGGAUGCCCAGAGGAUGCUACGUGCGACACCAAUGCGGUUGCAAUGCUGUUGCCACCAGAGGCCCUGCUAGUGCCAUUCGAGAACCGGACAAUAAAGGCUAGGGCUUGGGCUCACAUCAAGCACUGGCCUUUACCUCGACGGGUUUCCUGUGGCGACAACUGUGGCGUAAGCAUCAACUGGCACUUAUUUUCUGAUUAUAAGAACGGAUGGACGGCGAGGAUCACCAUUUUCAAUUGGGAGGAUUAUACUUUCAGGAACUGGUUCUUGGCAAUACAGAUGAAGAAGAACAUUGUUUCUGGCUACGAAAAUGUCUACUCCUUCAAUGGCACCAAGCUGAACAACACUGUGUGGCCCGACCUCGGCGACACCAUUUUCAUGCAGGGGCUGCCAGGUCUCAAUUACCUGAUGCCGGAAGUGGACGGGAAGACCCUUUCAGAUCCAAGGGUACCUGGAAAGCAGCAAUCGGUCAUCUCCUUUAAGAAGAAGUUAACUCCGGGCAUCAACAUCCGCGCCGGCGAUGGUUUUCCGGACAAAGUGUUCUUCAAUGGCGAGGAAUGCACCCUUCCGGAGAUAUUGCCAACUGCAAGGGGUUACAGAGCUUCUUCUCCAGUGAUCGUUCUCAAUCUGGUUUUAAGUGUAGCUGUAGUGAUUCUAUUGAUGAACGUGCUAAUGAUUUGA